CCAAGAUUUAAAAGCUCAUCAUCUCCUGUCAUCUCUCUCUAGGCUCCUCCAAAUAUUCUUACACCAGAGGAUUGCCCAAAACACACUGUCUCUCUUUCUCUUUCUCUCUCUCCUCUUUCUAUUAAUUUAUACUAUUCCCAUCAAUCCCAGCUACAAAUUCCAUUUCUUUUCAUUUAUAUACACAAAGGAGUGGAGGAAUAACCAAGAAAUAUGUAAAGUUUUUUUUAGUUAAAUUAUAAUAACAAUACCUUGCCUUUGGGGAAGAAACCCACAUCCUCCGUUCUCAAUUAUAUGCAUAUUCAUUCUUAGAUCUUACCCACCUUCAAAUCAGACCUCCAUUAAUGUUCGUGAAUACUCGGACUGUUUUCCGAUCACUCUUUGGUACCCGAUUCUGCCUAAUUUUGUCCGGAUAAGUUGAAUUGGGUUAGCAACUGAGCAUCCCGAUUAGUUUUUAGUUGAGGGUUAUAUCCAAUUUCAUGGCAAUUCAACAUGGGGUUAUAGUAAAGAUGGAAUCGGAUUUCGGUAAACUAUUCAUUGGUGGGAUUUCAUGGGACACCGAUGAAGCUCGAUUGAAAGAGUAUUUUAGUGGUUAUGGUGAAGUUAUCGAAGCCGUGAUCAUGAGAGAUCGUAUCACUGGUCGUGCUCGUGGAUUUGGUUUCAUCGUCUUCGCUGAUCCCGCUGUUGCAGAGAGAGUCGUGAUGGAGAAACAUAUGAUUGAUGGUCGAACCGUCGAAGCCAAAAAAGCUGUUCCUAGAGAAGACCACCAUGGAUUGAACUUGAACAGAAACAACAACAACAGCAUUCAAGGAUCACCAGGUCCGGGAGGUCGUACAAAGAAGAUAUUCGUAGGAGGAUUAGCGUCAACAGUCACCGAGAGUGAUUUCAAGAAAUACUUUGAUCAAUUUGGUACGAUUACAGAUGUGGUGGUGAUGUAUGAUCACAACACUCAAAGGCCAAGAGGUUUUGGUUUCAUCACGUUUGAUUCAGAGGAAUCAGUGGAUCGUGUUUUGCAUAAAACCUUCCAUGAACUCAAUGGCAAAAUGGUUGAAGUCAAACGGGCUGUCCCAAAAGAGUUAUCCCCGGGCCCCAGUCGAAGCCCGUUGGUUGGAGUUGGAUUCAACUACGGGUUAACCCGACCCAACACUUUCCUCACCAGCACCUACCCGCAAGGUUACAACAUGAGCUCAAUUUAUGGAGGUCGAACCGAUAGCCGGUUCAGCCCGAUUGCACAAUCGGGCCGAAACGGGUUCUCACCGUUUGGGUCAUCCGGUUAUGGGAUGGGCAUGAACCUGGACCCGGGUUUGAGCCCGAAUGCAUUUGGAACGACCUCUAACAACAUGGGUUACGGGCGGGUUUUGAGCCCGUACUCGAAUCGGUUCGUUACCCCGAUCGGUUACAACCAAAGUAAUGUUAAUGUUAGAAACGAGUCGUUUAUAGGGUCAACAACUCGAAAUGUUUGGGGAAAUGGUGGUGGGCUGACGAGCCCGGGUGGGUCCGGUCCUUAUUUGGGUUCGGGAACCAACGGUGGGUUUGGAGUAUUUGGAAACGGGUCGAACUGGGGUUCGAACCCGAUAUCUACUCAAGGUGGUGGAGUGAGCUCGUCUGGCUACAGUGGUGGAAGUAUAGGCGAAAACAACUAUGGAAUUGGAGGUGGUGGUGGUGGACUUGGAAGAAACAAUGGGGUAACCCAUGAAGGGUCUUAUGGUAAUUUAUACCGUGGGGGUUCAAUGUAUGGUGAAACCACUUGGCAGCAGCAGCCUUCUAAUGAGCUUGAGGGUCCGGGUUCCGGUGCGGAUUCAUUUGGUUAUGGGCUUGAUAAUUCGGAAGAUGUCACAGGCAGAAGUUCUGAGGGCUAUGUUGGUAAUUAUAGCAUUGCAAAUAGACAAACUAAUAGGGGGAUUGCUGCAUAGAAGUUUUUCAAGAUUUGCAUACAAGAAAGAAGGUAACUUUUAGGAGGAAGUGUUAUUUGGUAGAAAACCCAAACCCUCUUUAGUAUACAACACGAGGCAGGUUUUAAGGCUAUUUGGUUUUGUGGAUUCUUCAGAAAAAAGAUAUAAACUACAAGAUUUGAUGGCUUUUAAAAAGGGGAUUGGAUUUGGUGACAAAUUAUGAAUUUUGAAUUUUGAAUUGACGUUUAGGUUUCCAGUUCAGCAUGUGUUCUUGGACAACCCCAACCCCCCCAGUAAGUUCCACUUUUGAUGUGUUGUUGUGCAUCUUUUCAACAUGAUGAGAGUGGUUAGAUUUAGAUCAAAAUAAUUUGUGUUUCUUUCUUUCAUUUCGGAUUUUAUUUCUUCUUAUUGUUGAGUUGUUGUAAUGUCUGGUAAAUUUGCCAGUACUUGAUGAUGUUGCUUUUCUUUUCUGAGAAUGUACUUUCAGCUUUCUGUUUGAUUUACAAAUUAAGUGUGAAUGAUUUAGAGAGAUGUAAUCCUUAUCCUUUAGGAUUCGAAUUAAUUAAUAAGUUGAAUGAAUGUUCGGUUUUUUUUUGUCA